AUGUUCUCAGGUUCUAUUCCUGAUUCCCUUGGUAAUUUAGAAUUGCUUGAACUUCUACAGUUAGGUCAAAAUUUGUUGAUCAACCAGAAUUUCUCUACAGAAUUAACCUUCCUGACUUCACUGACAAGAUGUAGAAAUCUGAGAGAACUGGUCAUUAGAGAUAACCCUUUAAAUGGCAUCCUUCCGGCUUCUAUUGGUAAUUUCUCCAGCUCUCUCAAAAUCUUCUCUGCAUCUAGGUGCAAACUCAGCAGCAUUGUACCAGAAGAAAUUGGAAACUUAACAGAUGUUUUAGGGAUAUCACUCUUUGGAAAUGACUUGACAGGGUUCAUUCCAAAAACUAUUGGAGGUUUGCAGAAGCUUCAAAUAUUUCUUAUUGAAAGUAACAUGUUAAGCGGGACUAUACCCGAUGAAAUUUGUUGUUUACAAAAUAUAGUCGACCUGAGUAUUAGGAAAAAUAAAAUUUCAGGUCCCUUGCCAUCCUGUUUGGGGAAUGUUACUACUUUGAGAAAUCUAUAUCUAGCUUCAAACAAGUUGAACUCCAGCUUACCUGAGAGGCUAUGGAGCCUUCAAGAUCUAUUGGUACUUGAUGCAGCAUCAAAUUCAUUUUCUGGUGUUCUAUCUCCCCAAAUAGGAAAUUUGAAGGCUGUCAUAGACAUUGAUUUAUCAUACAAUGACUUUUCAGGGAUGAUUCCUAGCACUAUGGGAGAUCUACAAAAGUUAGUUAGUUUAUCUCUAUCACACAACAGAAUAGAUGGCCCCAUUCCAGAGUCUUUUGGGAAAAUGUUAAGCUUGGAAUUAUUGGAUUUGGGUUAUAACAAUCUAACUGGCGAAAUACCAAAGUCCUUAGAAUCUCUUUUAUACCUCAAGUACCUUGAUGUUUCCUUCAAUAAACUCAUGGGAGAAAUUCCAACUGGUGGUCCUUUUGGAAACUUCACCGGUCAGUCAUUUUUGUCUAAUAGUGGAUUAUGUGGUGCCUCAAGGCUCCAAGUGCCGCCAUGUCAAGUCAAAAGAAAAAGAAAUGAGCCAUCAGGAUCAACUGAAGUAUCAUACAUUAGGGCCCAUGAAAGAAUUUCAUAUAAUGAACUUCAAAAAGCAACAAAUGGAUUCAGCGGGGAUAAUUUGCUUGGUAAUGGGAGUUUUAGCAAGGUGUACAAAGGGGUAAAUAAUGGGACGUUAUUUGCAGUAAAGGUAUUCAAAUUGGAACCUGAAGGUGCAUUCAAGAGCUUUGACACUGAAUGUGAGAUCUUACGCAACCUUCGUCAUCGGAACCUAACGAAAGUCAUAACUUCUUGUUCCACCCCUAUUUUCAAGGCCUUAAUAUUGGAGUACAUGCCAAAUGGCACCCUUGAAAAAUGGUUACACUCUCAUGACUUUUUCCUGGACAUGUUGCCGAGGUUGGACAUAUUCAUCGAUGUGGCAUCUGCUUUAGACUAUCUCCAUAACGGUUAUUCGGAGCCAGUGGUGCAUUGUGAUUUGAAGCCUAGCAACAUUUUGCUAGAUCAAAACAUGGUUAGCCAUUUAAGUGAUUUUGGGAUUGCGAAAUUCUUAGGUGGGGAAAAUUGUUUUAGACAAACUAAGACUAUUGGGACUAUUGGAUACAUCGCGCCAGAGUAUGGACAAGAUGGACUUGUAUCAACAAGUUGUGACGUGUACAGCUUUGGUAUUGUGAUGAUGGAAGCAUUCACAAGGAGGAGGCCUAGUGAUGAAAU